GACAGAAAAUGGCGACCUCCUGUUCAUCGGAAUCGGAGAAAUAAAAAGUUGACAAAACUUCACCCAUAACUGUUAUCCGACUCAUAAAACAAUUCACAGGGAGAUGUCGUUAAAACCAAGAAAAGUAGACUUUGAUACAACUUGGUGUGUACUACUGGAGACAGUCAAAAGUGUUAUUACCUGUGCCAAAGUUAACAGAACCACCUGGAAUGACAGAUUUUCAGAUGUCUAUGCAUUGUGUGUAGCUUGUCCAGAACCACUUAGUGACAGACUUUAUGUAGAAACAAAACAAUUCUUAGAAAACCACGUACAAGAACUUUACCAGAAUGUGAUUAAACAUGGUGACGAGAGUUAUUUAAGCCAAUACCAUAAAUACUGGGAGGAGUAUAGUAGAGGAUCAAGUUUCCUAAAUCUUUUGUAUGGAUAUUUGAAUACUACGUUUAUAAAGAAACAGAAAUAUAGUGAAGCAGAUCUCAGUUAUGGUGGAUUCUCUGUGGAGUCAGCUGAUCAGAAGUUAGAAAUAGGAGAGCUUGCCCUAGAUACAUGGAAAAGAUUCAUGGUAGAACCUCUUAAGGAUCCUAUAGUAAAACUUUUGUUAGCAGAUAUUAAAAAUGACAGACUCAGUAGUACUGUUCAUCAAACAGUACUUCAUGGUGUUAUAAAUUCAUUUGUCAAUGUGGAGGAAUAUAAAAAGAAACAUCCAUUACAACUAUAUGAAGAAGUGUUUGAAGCUCCUUUCAAGUCAGAGACUGGAGAUUUUUACAGAGUAGAGGCAGCUAAACUCAAAGAUGAAUGCAACUGCUCGGAAUUCAUGGAAAAGGUAAUAAUAAAAUUAGACAAUGAAGAUUUUAGGAGUAGGAAAUUUUUACAUCCCAGCUCCUACAGCAAAGUGACGCAUGAAUGUCAACAGAGAAUGGUGGCUGACCAUCUACAGUUCUUACAUGGAGAGUGCAGAGAAAUGGUCAGGGUAGAAAAAAGAAAAGAUUUAUCAAACAUGUACCAGUUGUUGAAACCAAUACAUGGAGGUCUUGGUGUACUGAUACAGGAGAUAGAAACACAUAUCAAAAACACAGGCUUAGAGGCUGUAAAAAAUCUCAAGGGAGAUAAUAUACCUGGCCAAUUCGUAGAGUCAAUUUUAGAGGUCCAUGGUAAAUAUACAGAGCUCAUCAAAGUUGUCUUUCAUGCAGACCAGCAAUUUGUUGGUGCUUUAGAUAAGGCUUGUGCUGCUGCUAUUAAUUAUAAACAGAAUCCUAGACAUGGUUGUAAAUCCCCAGAGCUGCUUUCAAGAUACUGUGAUAAUUUACUAAAGAAAAGUUCUAAAGGUAUAUCAGAGAAUGAAUUAGAUGACAAACUAGCCAAUUGUAUAACUGUGUUCAAAUAUCUGGAUGAUAAAGAUGUUUUCCAAAGGUUUUAUUCUAAGAUGUUGGCCAAACGUUUGAUAUAUACACAAUCAGCAUCAAUGGAUGCAGAGGAAGCCAUGAUUAAUAAGUUAAAGCAAGCCUGUGGUUAUGAAUUUACAAACAAACUACAUAGGAUGUUUACAGAUAUGAAUAUAAGUACUGGUUUGAAUAAUGACUUCAGUGAUUUCCUAAAGAGACAGAAUGCAUCAGAUCUGGGAGUUAACUUUUCUAUAUCAGUGUUACAGGCUGGAGCAUGGCCAAUUGGACAGAGUAAUUUACCUACAUUUGCAAUACCUCAAGAGUUAGAAAAGAGUGUUAGAAUGUUUGAAACAUUUUACAGUGGAAAAUUCAGUGGUAGAAAACUUACCUGGUUGCACAGUUUUUGUAAUGGUGAAUUGAAGUUUAAUCAUUUAAAAAGACCUUAUUUUGUGUCAAUGGGGACAUUUCACAUGGCUAUCUUACUGUUAUUUAAUUCAUCAGACUCUUUAAAACUUAGUGAUAUAAUGGAACACACCAAACUGUCAGAGGCUGAGCUCAAAAAACAAUUACAAACCUUAACAGAAACCAAAAUUGUAGUUUUAGAGGAUGAUGCCUCUCUUGAUAGUGCACUAACUUUGAAUUUUAAUUAUAACAAUAAACGUACGAAAUUCAAGAUUACAUCUGCAUCACAGAAAGAAACUCCACAGGAAAUAGAACAGACACAUAAUGCAGUGGAUGAAGACAGGAAAAUGUACCUUCAGGCAGCCAUUGUUAGAAUCAUGAAGGCAAGAAAAAUAUUAAAACACACCAUGUUAAUACAAGAGGUAAUCAGUCAAGCCCGAGCCAGAUUUUCUCCAAAUAUACCCAUGAUCAAAAAGUGUAUAGAAGCAUUAAUUGACAAACAGUAUUUAGAAAGGACUAGCAAUUCUACAGAUGAAUAUAGUUAUGUAGCAUAGUAAGUCUUGUGAAGACAUCAUUUGGUAGUCAGCUGAUUCAAACUAGUGAAAUUACUUGGUGGAAAAAAACUGGACAAAAUGAAAGCUAGUGUUUCAAUGCAGCCAUAGGGGAUCUAGUAUCUAUGGUUCCCUGUAUUAAAGGAAUUGUGUCAGCUGCAUUUUAUUUUAAUAUGAUCUUUUGUUACAACAUUUGAUAAUUAUGAAUAUGACAGGAAUAUCUUUUAAUUAUUCAUUUUUUAUAUACUUCAGAUAAUGGGGAUCAUAAAAACCUUGAAAAUAGUAUGAUCUGAAAAAUUUCUAUUUAAAAUAAACUUUCUUGUACCAGAUUACCUAGGUCAAAAACUAUUUUGUAAUAUGUUUUCCGAAACUCUUAUAAUUUGAACUUUUUUUGUUCAGAAAUUCAGAUUAAAUUUAGAUAAAUAUGAUUUUCUGGACACGAUUAUAGUUUUAAUAAUCUGUAAAUUUAAGAACUGACUAUGCUGAGUCAAUUGAUUUGUUUUGAUAACUAUAAUGUACAUUGUAAGCAGCAAUUACACAAUGAAAUCACAGUCAUCACAUAUUUCAAUACAUGUACAAGCAAAUGUGGGAUAUACAUAAAUUACUGUGGUUUACUUUUUAAACUUUUUUAAAACAAAAGUUUUUUUGUUUAUUUGGUUAUCAAAGAUUUUGAACAAUAAAUCAUAAACCUUUUCCAAAACUUGUAUUAAUAACGUGUGGGUUCAAUUAAUAGUUGGGUCACACCAAAGACUUCUGUAUUAGCUGCUACUUCUUGAAGAACGUAGCUUUUAGAACUACAAGCAAUGACUUAUUGGCUCUGACAGUAAGAUUUAUGUUUUAUAUCAGGACUGUCACAUUACUAGCAUGUAAACUAGUUGACUCAAUCUGGUACAAAGCAGGGUAUGUUCUAACUCUGUAUGUGAUAAUUGUAUCUGGAUGUCAUCAGUAAAUCAGUCGUGUAAAUUUAUCUUUCAUUGACUGCUUACAAGGCAUUAUAACACUGAUAUUAUAAAUCAAUAUCAACUAAACCUGUUUAGAUAAUUACAUUUUCUGUCAGGCAUGUGUCUCUAAUAUAAAGAAAAUACUAGUUCCUGUAUUACAAAUGUACAGCUGACAAAUGGCUUAAAAGUUAUAGUAUAAACUUAAAGGUUGUCAGAGUAAAUGAUUUUGAUAUGUAGAUAGUUUGCUCUAUUUUUAUGAUUUGUACAUUGUGAUAUACCUCAUUUAGUUAAUCCACUUCUAGUUGUUGGACUUUUUGAAAUUGUGUAUUUAAAAAAGUAGAUAAAAUGACACAGAAAUUCAUUAAAACAUUAGACAAAUCUUAUUAGUACUUUCUGAGUAUUUUCAUUUCAAUAUAGAAAUUCAAAUGGGAACAUGAUAUCAGUUAAUUGCCACUUUGAUGUUUUAGUAAAAUAGAAUUGAAUAUCCCCCUUUUUCAAAAACUAUGUGACUGACCGGGAGGUCGGAUUAUUAAAAUGACAAAUUAAGGUAAAUGAAAUAACAAGUCGUGGGGUGGCAUUUUGAAAUAAUUAAGUUGCAGGUCUGUUCAUUUUUAAAGGGCAAUUUUUCAACUUUUAGAAACCCCUAUGUUUGAGGUCAUUUAGGUUUAGUUAUGAGUUAGCAAUCUAGCUAUAAUGAAAAUUGACUGUUAAGUGAUUAUGAACAUUUAAUAGAGUGUUAUCCCCUAUAAUGAAAAUUUUAAUUGAAUAUCAAAGAAUAAAAAGGCUCAGAUGUAUUUGGUUUCUUUUACCCUUUCAGUCUGAAUAAGGACAUAUGCAACUAAAUUGACACGAAAAAAAUAUACUAGACGAUAAAACAAAAUGACAACAUAAGAUGUACCAAGCCUAAAAAAAAACCAGCAGUUACAACAAAUAUUUGCCAACACCCAUGGUUGAAAGAUGGAAAAACAAAACCGAAGUAAUCUGUAUUGAAUUGCUACAUCUAAAAUCUUUUCAUUAUAUGCUGAUGUAAACUGUGGCAGAAUCUAGAGCUUUUUAUUUUUCACUUCAGAGUAUUCAUAUUGUAUAGUAGAAAUGUUUUUCAUCAAAAGUGUACACAGCUAUUACACAAAUACACAAUGUUUAUAUUUACUUUCAUUAUUAAAAUUGUAAAUCAUGUGAUAAGUGCUUGAAAUUGUUCCUUUUUAUUAAAAAAAAUCUACAAAUGA